GAAAGGAAGGAAGGAAAGAAAGAGGCGGAGCUGGGUGCGUUGCGCGGCUCAUUUGCCAUGGCCGCUUUUGGGGUGGCCGGGGAGAUGGGGUCUCUCGCUUCUCUCUUCGCCUCCUCUCAAGGCCCCAGCGGCGCUUAGGUCGCACUCGCGUGGGACGGGGCGCGAUGCCACGGAGGCUUCUCUUGCCCGCCUCGCCGCCACACUGGCUUCUGCCGGGGCUGCUCGUGAUGGCUGCGCUGUGCGGCGGAGUUGUCCCCUCGGCUGCCCCCGCCUCUCCGCGGCCGCCGUCUGUUACCCCGCGCAACUCCAGCUCUCGCGGCGGCGAGACGACGCGGAGCGGCAAUGCAAGCAAUAGCAGCCGGCAGGUCCCGAGGCCUGAGGCCGGCCAGCUCAUGACCCAGCGCGCCCUCUCUGUGCUCGUCUUGGCCAGCGCCGCCCUCAUCGUCUACUUCGUGAUCCGGACAGUGCGGCUGAGACGAAGAAACAGAAAGACACGGAAGUAUGGCGUUCUGGACACAAACAUAGAAAAUACGGAACUGACGCCAUUAGAACAAGAUGAUGACGACGAUGACACAACACUGUUUGAUGCCAACCAUCCUCGAAGAUAAGUAUGUGCCUUUCAGGAAACUCUUCAAUUGUGGCGCAACAAUGGAGGCUGUCCCGAAGGAAUCAGAAGCCAAUUUGGGGGUUGGAGGUAUAUAAGUGAGAUAUACCUGUUACGGCAUCCUUAGCUUGUUGCUGUAGACACUGUAACAUUUUACUGUACCUUUGUAUAUACAGAAAUAUUUUAAGUUUGGAGCCUAUGGAAACAGUGCACUAUACAAACUCCAUUUAAAUACGGUAUUUCCUGCUGUGUUAAUUCUGUAUUGUGGACUUCCUUCAUAAAACACUGAACUGAAAAGCAGUUUUUGGGUUUCUUGGCCAGCCUUUUUAAAAAAUAUAUCAAGCAUAGUAAUGUGUGUGGAUUGUCUGCCGCUAGAUUUUCAUUUUCUAGAGAUACCGUCUCUGUUUUGGAAACACCAAAUCUAACUACUGAUGUGGGUAGUUUUCUUAUUUAAACGAGAUGUGGGUUGUUGGAU